AUGGCGGUGUUGUCAAGCGACUCCAACCUGAUGCACCUACACGGGUAUGACGUGUUCAUGCUCGCGCAGGACCUCGGCAACUACAACGUGGUGAGGGAUGUGGUGAAGUAUAACUUGGUGGAUCCACUAGUGAGGAACACGGUGCUCAUCCAAAGGCUCGGGUGGGCCACCGUCCGAUUUGUCGGCAACAAUCCAGGGGUGUGGUACAUGCACUGCCAAUAUGAGUUCCAUGUGUCGAUGGGAAUGGCGGCAGCGUUCAUUGUAGAGGACGGGCCGAUGGUGGACACAGCUCUUCCUCCACUGCCUGUGGAUUUUCUGAAAUGUGACCACGACGGUCUUGUACCAGAUGAAUCCUUCCUCCAGAGAUAUAACGGAAAGAAUGAUGUUGCUUACUGA